UGUCACAAACAUCUGUGUGUGAGUGCGAGUGGUAGUGAGGUCAUUGACAAAUAACUGAUUUUAACACUAAUUGCAACAAAACUACAAACAAUUAUCGCGGCGGAACAGCCUCUCAGCUUUACGCAUUUGUUUCCCCAAGGAUAGGACUUCACGAUGAGCUUCCUUUUUGGAAGCCGUUCGUCGAAAACUUUCAAACCAAAGAAGAACAUUCCGGAGGGAACCCAUCAGUAUGAGUUGAUGAAACAUGCAGCUGCCACAUUGGGGUCUGGCAAUCUAAGACUAGCUGUGAUGCUUCCUGAAGGAGAGGAUCUUAAUGAAUGGGUGGCAGUAAACACUGUGGAUUUCUUCAACCAAAUCAAUAUGCUCUAUGGAACAAUCACUGAGUUUUGCAUUGAAGAGAGCUGCCCAAUUAUGUCGGCGGGUCCGAAAUAUGAGUAUCAUUGGGCAGAUGGACAUACGGUGAAGAAACCGAUCAAGUGUUCAGCACCAAAGUAUAUUGAUUAUUUAAUGACUUGGGUGCAGGAUCAGUUGGAUGAUGAAACUUUGUUUCCAUCAAAAAUAGGUGUACCAUUUCCAAAGAAUUUUCUAUCAAUUGCCAAAACGAUUCUGAAACGACUCUUUCGAGUCUACGCCCACAUCUAUCAUCAACACUUUAGCGAAGUGGUUCAGCUUGGUGAAGAAGCACAUUUGAACACAUCAUUCAAGCACUUCAUAUUUUUUGUUCAGGAAUUUGUGUUAAUCGAGAGACGCGAACUAGCACCUCUACAAGAAUUAAUCGAAAAGCUGACCGCCAAAGAGGCUCGAUGAAUCACCGCUUUGAUCAGCCCGACAGUGAUCUCCUGCUAAACAAAUACACACAAACCAGCACGAAAUCGAACAAAACAAUGCGACAACAAACAAUUAGAAUGCAAAUCAAAUCGAACUCGCCGCGGCACGUGAAACCAUACAAUAACAAACAAAUUAAUUAAUUAGAAAUUAAUCUAAAAUUGGCAAUAACACUGUAGUCGUGUUAAAUUGCUAAAGAGACCGUUUGAGUGCUUGCAAACGAACGAAAUACUUCCGUACUUGCGUUUAAAGUCCGCCCGCCGCCCCCGAUUCGUGUCUAAUUGAUAUGAUGAAUUAACUUAACGAGCUUUCUCUUAUUAAGUAGGAGUUUAAUCAUAGCGUUUAUAUUUUAAGGACGAAUUCUUCCCGUUUUCGAACUUAGUUACAAUCAUAACUAUUGAGAAUCUUUAGGGAUUAAAGUAUUAAACCUACAAACACUUAUAAUUAUACAAAAAGCACCUAGUAUUUACCAAGUUUUAGUAUUUACGCCGCUUUUUGUCUUGAUCAGAGUUCUCAUUUCUUAAUACUUCGAAAGGAAACUACUAUAGUAAUACCGUGAUGUGAUAUACCCCUUGUUUUGUUUAGGCUUCUUUUGUUUUACGAUAUUUUAGGGCUUUGUUUUUUAAACAUUUCUGUCUGCUAUGCUCCUUAUUAUUAAUGUGUAUUUAUUAUAUUGUUUAAAUGUUGUAGGCACACAUACUAGUAGACUGAACGAUUGCGUGCGUUAAUAGAGUUUAGUGACGAAUACGAAGAUAUCAGACGUGAUGAGUAUAACGAAGUGUAUUUUUACAUGAACAAUAUUGUAUUGAUUAAUAGGGUACGUGCAUACAUGCAAUAGAUAAACCAUUUCAUACUAGAUACAAGAUGAAAUGAUGCUUAUUUUUGAUAUCAUGACACGACACGACACUUCAUCCAGCAUUAGCAUGAAUUGUAAUGCCGAAUAAUAAUUGCACAAUUGGUUUGUCUAUGCAUAACACAUAAUAUUACAAACUACUACAUAUACUUAUAAAUUAUGUUAUGCGGUCGGCUUCUUAAAGAAACACCAAAGAAAUUAAGUUACUGACUGCCGGAAUAUUGUUGAUAUGUACUGUAAGGUUGCAUUGUGUUUUCGAUUAGUAUCGAAAUGCUUAAAAUCUUAAACUAUUGUUCGUAUAUUCCACGUGGAUUAUCAAUUAAUAACUAUUAACGAUUGGUUGAAUUGUAAUUAGUUGUAGAGCUAACCAAGUUGCGCCGUUGGCUCGUGUUGUCUACUUCUAAUUGUGCAAUUUUUGUAUAUAAAUAAACAAUUCUUGAUAACUUACCAAACAAA